GCCUCCGCCGCUCGCGCCCCGCCCGCCCCGCGGCGGCCCCGCCUCGCGCCCGCGAUCAGCUGCGCGCGCGUCACGUGGGCGCGUGUCGAAGGUCACGGCGCCCACAAUGGAGCUGUCGCCGUACGCGCAGGGCGGGUGGCGGCUGCUGGGCGACCCCCGCCGCUUCCCCCGCCGCCCGUUCGCCGCGCUCCUCCGCGCCGCCUUCCGCAGCCUCCUGGAUGACCCGCAGGCCGGGCUGGAUGAUCCAGACCUGAAAGAUAUUGACCCUACAGUAUUAAAACAUUGCCAUGCUGCGGCUGCAAUGUGUAUUCUGGAGGCAGGGAAACACAAAGCUGACAUAUCUGCUAUAAGCACAUGCCUGGAAGACUGCAAACUGGAUAAAGAGAGAAUAGAACAAUUUUGCACCGAAUAUCAGAAAAACAAGGAUGCAUUGGAAAUCCUAUUGGGAAGCAUAGGCAGAUCUCCUCUUCACAUAACUGAUGUGUCUUGGCGCUUGGAGUAUCAGAUCAAGAACAAUCAACUUCAUAAAACUUAUCAGCCUUCCUAUUUGGUGACUUUAAACGUAGAGAACAGUGAUUCAGGAUCACACCCAGAUGUUAGUUUCAGUUGUACAAUGGAGCAAUUACAGGACUUAGUGGGAAAGCUAAAAGAUGCUGCAAAAAGUCUAGAACGAGCAACUCAAAUGUGAUUGAAGGAAGGUGUCAGCCUCCUCAAGCACUCUCCUUCCUAAGUGUCUCCUAAAUGACAAAUGUCUUUCAUCUCUUGAUGCAAACUGGGGUUUUUUUAAGUCCUUGAAUGGGAAUUAAGCAAAACCACUUUUUUAUGCCUGCACUGGAUAUUCCUCGCUCAUGUAAUUUUUUUUUAUUAACUCUUGUUAAGUAUUUGCUGAACUGUCGUGUCAUCAAAGUAUUCCUUCUAUCUUAUUUUGUAUAUUUUUACAACUGUCACUGCUUUUUUUCCCCUCUGUGAUCUAAUAAAAGUUAAUUCGCGCCUGUUGUGCAA